AUGCACAGUCUCUACGCGCGUAUCAACAACAUCACGGCGACGCUGUCGACAUGCAUGAUGGUUCUCCUAGCAGGCAUCGCGUGUUCAUCAUCCUUGUUCACAGCGGACUCGAAGGGCACGCUCAACAUCUCCUCUGUCCAAGUGUGCUUUCCCGGCCAAACGCGUCGCAUACCUGGACGUACGCAAGACUUCGCUUUCGUCAACUUCAACCUCACUGCUGACUUGACACCACUCUUCAACUGGAACACGAAGCAGCUAUUCCUGUAUGUUGGCGCCGAAUACACUAAUGCGAAAGGGGUG